AUGAGUCCUACACAGAAACCUAAAGUAUUGCAUUUGCCAUUAGCGCGAGUAAAAACUAUUAUGAAAAGUUCUCCAGAAGCAGAAGCCGUUUCGUUUGAUGCUUCCUAUUUCGUAGCAAAAUCUGCGGAGCUUUUUGUCGCUUACCUUGCUAAACAAGCUUAUAGUAAAGGUAAAAAAGAUUUGGAUUAUAAAGAUGUUACCAAUGUUGUUCAUAACAAAGACACAUUAGACUUCUUAUGGGAAUUAAUGCCAAAAAAAAUUACGGUGAGACAAUACAAAGAACUAAUGUCAAAAAAGAAAGUGGAAAAAGAUCCCAUUUCCAGUUUGGAAUCAGAAGAAUCUGAUAGUGAGGAAUGA